GACCUCUGUACUGGCUCAUAAAACAAGGCAGUCAUCGGGCCAUUCGUUUGUUUGUUGUUCAGCAGUUUUAGGGUGUUAGACCCGAAGGUUUCUCUCUCGAUUCAGCAGCACUCGAGUUUGUCACUUAACGAUUAUAUUUAUUGCAGCGCUGUAGACUUUUAUAAAGAGGGAAACAAAGCUGUCAUCACAGCGCUUCCUGGUUUUUUUAUUACAUCGGUGUCGCAACCAAACCGAACACAACAGCUGCGAAUGCAAACGUAGUUAUUGCGUGAUAGCUGACUAGUUAACUAAGCAACUAGAGGUUUUAGAAAAAAGCAAUUUAGAUGGUUUAUUUUUGUAACUUUUAUAUUUCAACUUUUGUACUGAAACAUUGUUUUGAAUCCGUUUCGGCGAGCUGACUUCGCUGUUGAGCAGAACAAUGCGCUUCGCACCUAUCCCCUGCGCCGUGGGGUUGCUGUGUUGUGUUCUGGUGUUGUGCUCGGUACCGUUGGGGACCUCGUUCCCCGUGCAGGACGAGGGGAAACCGGGCAUAACGUUUCUGGAAGAGGUCGGGCGUCUCCGGUUCGGGUUCAACUGGCGGAACCUGACCUGUCCGGUGUGCAAAGUCCUCUUCACCAUCCUGGAUAUCGCUCUGCUGAGUGACGUUAAUGAGGAACGUGUUGCGCGGGCUGUGGGUGAGGCCUGUAUCCGUCUCCACCUGGCUGAAGAGCGGGUCUGUCGUCAAAUCACAGAGCUGUUCAGAGAUGACUUCAUCAGGGCCUUGCAACAGUCUCUGUUGUGGCCGUCGGAGGCCUGUGCUCUGCUGGUUGGGAAGUCAUGUGGACGCUUCGAUAUCUAUGCCCCAUGGAACGUAACCCUACCCCGGAUCCCCAAACCCCCAGUCACCCCGCCCUCACCCCCCAAGCCUGGAGCACCACAGAGCAGGGUCCUCUUCCUCACAGACAUACAUUGGGAUCAGGAUUAUGCAGUGGGCAGCUCUGCUGACUGUAAGGACCCGCUGUGCUGUCGUAAUGAGUCUGGAUCUCCCAGCUGGAAUCAGAGAGCGGCUGGGUUCUGGGGCUCCUACAGUAAAUGUGACCUGCCCCUGAGAACUGUGGAGAACAUGUUGGAGAACGCAGCGCGAACCGGACCGUGGGACUGGGUCUACUGGACAGGAGACAUACCCGCUCAUAACAUCUGGUCUCAAACCAGGAAGCAGCAACUGUCUGAACUCACCGUUGUCACCAGACUGAUACACAGUCACCUAGGUAACUUGAAGGUGUACCCGGCGAUCGGUAACCAUGAAAGCACCCCGGUCAACAGUUUCCCCCCGCCGUUCGUCCAUGGCAACCGGUCGUCGCGCUGGCUCUAUGACACCAUGGCCGAGGAGUGGGCGCCAUGGUUACCAGAACAGGCCCUGAAGACUCUUAGGCAUGGUGGGUUCUACACGGUAGAGGUCCAGCCAGGUCUUCGAGUGGUGUCUCUGAACAUGAACUUCUGCGCCAGGGAAAAUUACUGGCUGAUGGUCAACUCCACUGACCCUGCUAACCAGCUCCAGUGGCUGAUCCAUAUACUGCAGACCAGUGAAGAGAAGGGAGAGAGGGUCCACAUCAUUGGUCACAUCCCCCCUGGUCUCUGUUUGAGCAGCUGGAGUUGGAACUACUACCACAUCAUCAACCGGUAUGAAGGUACGAUCACGGGUCAGUUCUUCGGCCACACGCACAUGGAUGAGUUUCAGAUGUUUUACGAUGAGGCGACGAUGACUAGGGCUGUGGGCGUGGCCUUCAUCGCUCCCUCCAUCACCACCUAUGUCAACCUCAACCCAGGUUACCGGGUCUACCUGGUCGACGGUAACUACAAGGGCAGUUCUCGGUUUGUUCUGGACCACGAGACGUAUAUCUUAAACCUUACAGAGGCUAACCGACAGCCUGAAGGGGGGGUCUCCUCCCUGCUCCCCACCACCUCACAACACGCCAUCUUCCACCCUGACCCAAACCCCAAAUGGACCCUCCUCUACCGUGCUUCUGAAGCCUACGGCGUCUCAUCCCUGUUUCCGUCGGACUGGGACGGGCUGAUCAGGACCUUCCUCCAGGACGACCGCGUGUUUCAGCGGUUCUGGUACCUCAGACAUAAAGGCCAUGUGUCAGAGCCCUGUAUAGACGCCUGUAAGACAACCGUUGUCUGUUUCCUACGGUCAGGCAGAUAUGACGAGCUGGAGCAGUGUGACCUGUUGGAGUUCGGGGGAGAUAUGGUUUCAGUUGUUAGGAAGACACUGUGUUGAAAAGAGAUGUGGCGGGGGGUUGGUAACUUUUGAAUGUCGGUCAUGUUGUCACUAACUGUUCAAGACAUUGAAUGUGAUUCUGGGUAAGUGAAAUGUCAUGGAACACAGGUUGAACCAGACCAUCAACCAGUCUGUCCAAUCAGUAUCUGCGUUGUCAGAGGACAUUUACUGCUAGUGAAUAUCAAAAUAAUGGGAGGGGGAAAAAACGAUGUUUUCAAGUUGUUUUUACAAAGACAGAACGUUGAGUCUCUUCACUGAGGAGUUGAGUCCUGAAGGGUUGCAUUGAUAGUGUUACUGCAUUCAUUUAGCCUAAUAGAUUUCAUCACGUUGAAGGUGUCUGCUUGCUCAGCCCGGGGGGGGGGUUCUCAGAAUGACCGAAGGGGGUAGGAGCGACAGCUGGUGUUGAAAUGAAGUCGGUAUUUUGGUGUGAAGUUUUCCCCAGAAUGAGAACGAUUCGACUUCAGUUGUUGCCUGUCGCAUCCACAUAAAUCUUGUUGCUUAGCUAGUGGCAACCAGUUUACAUUGAUGAACUGGUUACUUAGAUUAAGGCCAGGAUUCAAUCCAUUGUUGGCUAUGUGCCAUUUUAAAAAAGAAACGGUAAUUUUCUGAUUUUUUUGAGCUGAGAAAUACAGCGUUUAUGGUCAAUGCUGUCUCUCUGAACAUGGGAACAUUGCUGUUUUCUAAAAAGGUGCAUAACUGAUCAUAAUCUCGGGUCUCAAUUUUCUGGUUUUGUGAAAGCUGUUUUAAGAACUCAUCUUGGUGUCCAGAUUUUAUUAUUGAAUCAUUUUCAGCUCUGUAUUGUUCUUCAGUGAGUUGUUUGCACAUGUUGUGAAAUUAAUAUACUGGUGAUUUUCAGUCUACAUCACCAAUACCUUCCACUUUCAUUCAGCACUUUAAUUUCUGGUGUGGAUUGUCCCAUGUCUGUAAUUAUUAAAAAGAUGAGAAUUUUUUUUGUGAAUAAAGAUGCAUUUUGAGAUUUA